AUGUCGGACGCAGAUUUCGAGCAGAUCCGAAAGCUCCAGGCAGAGCGCAAUGCUGCCUCGGCCGCCAAGAAGGGUUCGAAGACCUUCGACCCUGCCAGCCAACGCGCCGACUCCUCAUCCAAGGUCAAGCUGAACGAGGCUUUCGACACCGAUCUGUACGAGCGCGAUGGGCCCGACAAAUUUGCCGGCUAUCACACGUCGCUUCCCGGGGCAGGAGAUGAUGACGAGGAGAUGGAGGAUGCUGAUAGCAGCCGGAGGCUGGUUGGACAGUAUACUGCUUCACGAGCCCAGAUUGAUGAGUUUGCGCGUGGAAGUGGCGUGGAGGAAGACGAUAUUCUACUUGGCAAGGGUGAACGCAGCAACCGAAUUUCAGACAGAGAAACUGAGUAUCAAAAGCGCCGGUUCAAUCGCGUCCUGACACCCACCCGAGCCGAUCCUUUCGCCGCCAACCGCCAAGCUGUGGCUGCCGAAGAUGGUGAGAGCUAUCGUGAGAUUAUGGAGCGACGCGAUCUCGAGAGAGAAGAGGAAAGGGUCAAACGAGCCAUAGAGGCGAAGGCCAAUGGCGAGGAUACGGGUAAUGAGGUCCUGGACCAUAAGCCCGUCCUGAAGGAUGGGGAUAAGGAGAAUGCUGAGGCCGGAUCGACUGAAGCAGCAUCUGGACGCAAGCGCAAGAAGAGAUGGGAUGUCGCGGCGGCAGAAACCACGGAAGAAGCUGCACAGCCGGCCGAUGGCAAGUCAAAGCGUUCAAGGUGGGAUCAGGCGCCUGCUAUCCCUGCUCCUGGUGCUGAAGCCUCUAAGAAGCGCUCACGAUGGGACCAGGCUCCAGCAGCCACGCCUAUCGGCAAUCAGGGACUUGUUACACCGAUGCACCCUUCUCAGGGCGCUGCUUUGCCCACAACAUUCGGCACUGAUAUAUCUGGUCGAAACCUCCCGAUCAGUGACGAAGAGCUGGAUCUCAUUCUUCCCGGAGAGGAAGAUGGAUACAAGAUACUCGAGUUUCCUCCUGGUUACGCUCCCAUUCGAGCCCCUGCUCAUAAAUUGAUGCAGACACCAGUGCAGACAAGUGGUUUCAUGAUGCAGGAUCCCAACAGUAGCAGAAUCACAAGUCAACAGAUGCCCAAGGAAAUACCUGGUGUGGGAGACUUGCAGUUCUUCAAGCCGGAGGAUAUGGCAUAUUUUGGGAAGCUGACAGAUGGCACUGACGAGGAGAAUCUGAGCGUCGAAGAACUCAAGGAGCGAAAGAUCAUGAGACUACUGCUCAAGGUCAAGAACGGCACCCCUCCUAUGAGGAAGACUGCCCUGAGACAACUCACUGAUAACGCACGAAGCUUUGGUGCCGGCCCUCUCUUCAACCAGAUUCUCCCGCUUCUAAUGGAGAAGACACUGGAGGACCAGGAGCGGCAUUUGCUGGUCAAGGUUAUUGAUCGUAUCCUUUACAAGCUCGACGACAUGGUCCGGCCAUACGUCCAUAAGAUCUUGGUUGUCAUCGAGCCUCUACUCAUUGACCAAGACUACUAUGCACGUGUUGAAGGUCGUGAAAUCAUCUCGAACUUGUCGAAGGCGGCAGGUCUUGCUACCAUGAUCAGCACGAUGAGGCCAGAUAUUGAUCAUGUUGAUGAGUAUGUCAGAAACACUACGGCCAGAGCUUUUGCUGUUGUUGCUUCUGCGCUAGGAAUACCUGCUCUCUUGCCAUUCCUCCAAGCUGUUUGCCGAAGCAAGAAGUCAUGGCAGGCCAGGCACACGGGAGUCAAGAUUGUGCAGCAGAUUCCAAUUCUGAUGGGCUGUGCUGUCCUGCCUCAUCUCAAGCGCCUAGUAGACUGCAUUGGUCCAAAUCUUAACGAUGAGCAAACCAAGGUUCGAACGGUGACCAGUUUGGCUAUUGCAGCGCUGGCCGAAGCUGCUAACCCCUAUGGUAUUGAGAGCUUCGAUGAUAUUCUCAACCCACUAUGGACUGGCGCUCGCAAGCAGCGAGGUAAAGGCCUGGCCGGUUUCCUCAAGGCUGUCGGGUACAUCAUUCCUUUGAUGGACGAAGAGUAUGCAAACUAUUACACAUCACAAAUCAUGGAGAUCCUGCUGCGAGAGUUUUCUUCACCAGACGAGGAGAUGAAGAAGGUGGUCUUGAAGGUUGUGUCACAAUGCGCAGGCACAGAGGGUGUCACCGCUGGCUAUCUCAAGGAGCAUGUCUUGGACGAGUUUUUUAAGAGCUUCUGGGUUAGACGUAUGGCUCUUGACAAGCGCAACUAUCGUCAAGUCGUCGAAACGACGGUUGAUAUCGGCCAGAAAGUCGGAGUCAGCGAGAUCCUCGAGAGAAUCGUUGCCAACCUGAAGGAUGAAAGUGAGGCGUACCGGAAAAUGACCGUGGAGACAGUUGAGAAGAUUGUCGCUUCUCUAGGUGCCGCCGAUAUAGGCGAGCGACUGGAAGAGCGAUUGAUUGACGGCAUUCUGCAUGCCUUCCAGGAGCAGAGCGUCGAAGACAUUAUCAUGCUCAACGGCUUCGGCUCUGUUGUCAAUGCCCUUGGCACUCGAUGCAAGCCAUACCUACCACAGAUUGUCUCGACGAUUCUAUGGAGAUUGAACAACAAGUCAGCGACUGUACGACAGCAGGCUGCUGACCUCAUUUCCCGCAUUGCCAUGGUCAUGAAGCAAUGCGGAGAGGACGCCCUUAUGGGGAAGCUUGGUAUCGUCCUCUACGAAUACCUAGGUGAAGAGUAUCCAGAGGUGCUCGGCUCCAUUCUCGGUGCUCUGCGAUCUAUCGUCACUGUUGUCGGCAUCAGCCAGAUGCAGCCUCCAAUCAAGGAUCUUCUUCCUCGCCUAACCCCUAUUCUCCGUAAUCGACACGAAAAAGUCCAAGAGAACACAAUCGACCUUGUCGGACGUAUCGCUGACCGAGGUCCUGAGUCAGUCAACGCUCGUGAAUGGAUGCGAAUCUGCUUCGAACUGCUGGACAUGUUGAAGGCGCACAAGAAGGGUAUUCGACGAGCAGCCAACAACACCUUUGGCUUCAUCGCGAAGGCCAUCGGCCCUCAAGAUGUGCUUGCCACACUGCUCAACAACCUGCGGGUGCAAGAGCGUCAGAGCAGAGUCAACACAGCUGUUGCCAUUGGUAUCGUCGCCGAGACUUGUGCACCGUUCACUGUCCUCCCUGCCUUGAUGAACGAGUACCGAGUCCCCGAAUUGAACGUCCAGAACGGUGUGCUCAAAUCUUUGUCUUUCCUCUUCGAGUACAUCGGUGAGAUGGCAAAGGACUAUGUCUACGCCGUGACGCCCUUGCUCGAGGAUGCCUUGAUCGAUCGAGACCAAGUUCAUCGACAAACAGCGGCGUCGGUCGUCAAGCACAUUGCUCUGGGCGUUGUUGGUCUGGGUUGCGAGGAUGCCAUGGUGCACUUGCUCAAUCUACUCUAUCCCAACCUGUUCGAGACCAGCCCUCACGUCAUCGACAGAAUCGUGGAAGCUAUCGAGGCGGUGCGCAUGGCUGUCGGUCCUGGUCUGGUACUCAACUACGUAUGGGCUGGGCUGUUCCAUCCCGCGCGCAAGGUGCGAACGCCAUACUGGAGGCUGUACAACGACGCCUACGUCCAAGGAGCUGAUGCGAUGGUUCCCUACUAUCCAAACUUGGAGGAGGACAGAGUAGACAGAGGGGAGCUAGCGAUGAUGCUUUAG